AGAGACAGAGAGAGAGAGGGAGAGCGAAAGAGGGAAGGAGGGGGUAUAGCAAGAGAGGCACACAAUGAAGGGCAGAAAAGGAUACAAUCAGAGGUUGUGUAACCUGUGCUGGGAAAAAGGGAAGAAGGGGGAUCUCUAGGCCCUGUAUGGUGCAUUACUUUCCCAUGCAUUCCUAUUCUUUCCCAUGCUUUUCCAGGAUUGUCAAGAAGCUGUUUUAGAGGAGAAGAUGGAAUGGUGAGGAAUGGUUCUUGAUUAUUUUUUUUCUUCUAGCACUGCUAUAAGCUUAUGGGAGGUCUGCAGCUCUGCAGAUUUCUGGACUACAGGACAGAACACUGAUCAAUGGUCCUGAUUAACUUUUGGAGUGUUGUAUGGUGUUGUCAGCUUCCUGCAAGUAUUGUUUUUGAUUGAAAAAAAUAACUUCUCCAGCCUUGAGGAUUCUUCAAACUCAUUGAUCUGUCCUGACGGAAACACGCUAUCAAGGAUUCAACUAGGACUUCUACUCUACUUUUCUACAAAAUGCAUGUCUAUGCGGCCUCCUGCAGCCAUCAAAAGUUGGAAGUGAAUUGACUACCAACUUUUGCAACUAGUUGCAACAAAUUCCAGGAUUAACUGCAGCUACCGGACAUCAAGAACUCUUUGAGCACAGAUUCUUUAAACACCGACUCACUUAUGUGCCCGGUAGAUUUCAAUGGCUUGAUUGAUUGUUCUCCAGCAAAAUGGGGAACCUACUUAAAUGCUGUCACCAGUUGUCUCGUUUUAUCUGGCGCAAGGAUGCUACUGCUCCUGGCCAAACCGAGGAGCGUUCUCCUCUCUUGUCAAGAGAUAACAGUGAUGUGGAAAGCCUUUCUCCAUCAGGGACUCCAUCAGCGGACAUGCUGGCAUCUCCUGUCCUAGACCAGGACCACCUCCUUUACCCAGAUAUAGUCUUGAGCAGUAGCCUCCGAGCUGCCUUGGACAGGGAAGACUUGACCCAGCCCUUGGAACUUGUGUUAACAGAGAGACCUGAAAGAAAGGAUCAGUGUCAUGAAGGUUUCAUAGGUGACAAGGAUGGAGUGAGAACGCCAAGUAGGAGCAUAGGUCAAAAGGAGUUCCAGUUUGUGGACAGGAAUCAGUUGUGUGCCACCGAGAAGGAAUGGCCCUUGUUGUCUUCUCUACAUUCUGAGCUGCCAAUUGCUGCUAAUUUCACCACUUCUCAGACCUUGAUCUACACUCAUGUACCAGGAACUGGAGUUUGGAGUAAUUCAUCCAUUUGUCAAGGAGCACAGGUACUAGCACAAGGGUAUGCAAGCCAAUGGCACAUUGUUUCAGAGCAACAACCUACUGGCACCUUCAGCACACCUCUUUUCAACAAAUUUGCGAAGGACAGUGCAUUAACUGACUUUGAUACUAUUCAAGCAAAGGUGGAUAGGGUUCAUACACUGCAGCAAAAAGAACAAGACACCACUGAACCUGCAAAGGAUACAGAACAGAUGGAGCAAAACUUGCUUCACAGGGACCAGAGUCUCACACAACUAGGGCAAGGAGUGAUCCAGACAGCAGAAGAAAAUGUGUUGAUAAAUGUGCCCAGCAUAAAAGAGGCAGAAGAAAGAGUUGGAAACGAUGGAAACGAUGCAAAAAUAGACAUACAAAUGGAACCCUAUACAAAUUUGAGAGAAAAGAGAGAAGCACAUCACAGACAAAGCACAGAACGGCCACAUAAUGAUGUAAGAACUUAUGAUUCCAGUGCUCUAAUGACUCAGGAUCCAUUGUCUGAGGGCCUUGAACCAAAUUCAUUGCAGAUAAAGCAACAUACUGACAUUCAACUGCAGAUCUCACAGGUGGAACAGGUUGAGUUAGAGCAGGGGUCCAUUCAGACAGAAGGGGAAUUUAAACAGAUGGUAAAUGCCACAGACCAGAUGGGGAGGACACCACUGCAAAUAGAACAACAUACUCCUGGAAACAGGCCAAAGUAUGCAUCAAAUUACCAAGGCCAAAAGAGUAUAGAAGAAACAGUCAUCCAGAUGCCAGAAGAACUGGAAAAAGAUGAAGCUGAGGCUGUUCCAAAUCUGGACCCAACAGAAAGAGAUGUGAUGCAGUUUCAACAGAGAAAAAACACUGAGCAGAUGACUGUGGUUAUUGACCAAGGAGCAGAAAAGGCUGAGCGGUUUACCUUGUUUGUGGUUGACAAGCUGUUCCUGGCCUCCCCGAAUAUCACAGGGCCAAGUGCUGAUAGUGCAUUUGGUGAUAAGGUGGAGAUGUUGGAGCUGGACAGGUAUGAUGCCAGUGAACACCAGGAGGAUCCUUCUGCUCUUGAAGGGGACAUUCCUGAAGAUGCCGGAUUCACAGUCAAGAUUCAGGCUCCUGGCACUGAACCCACUGACUUCCACGUGUCACCUCUUGCAAUGGUGCACGAAAUCAAGCAAGUGUUGAUGGACCGUGAGGAAACUUGCCACCGCACCUGCUUCUCCCUACAGUUAGAUGGGAGUACACUAGAUAACUUCACCCACCUGAGGUCCAUUUCUGGUCUACAAGAAGACUCACUUCUCAAGAUUGUGGAAGAGCCGUACACUAAUCGGGAAGUUCGAAUCCAUCUGCGUCACAUCAGAGAUCUGCUGAAGAGUUUGGACCCUACAGAUGCCUAUAAUGGACUGGAGGGCAGCUCCCUGUGCUUCCUCAGGUUCUUCACUGAACAACACAUUGAAGAGAGCAGCAAGCUGAAGAAGAGAGGUGAGGAGAUUAAGCAGUUUAACUACAGUCCUCCCGAGUACAUCCUUCCAGGAAUUAAAGGAUGUCAUCUCUCACCACUGCAGCCUCAGACAGAGAACUUAAAGCCCACUGAAUGCCUGAAGGUUCUAGCUAUGAGUAGUUGGAAUCCUCCUCCAGGAAACCGAAAGAUGCACGGUGAUCUUGUGUACCUGAAUGUGGUCACCAUGGAGGACAAGCAUUACAGUGUUACAGCGUCCACCCGGGGCUUUUUCCUCAAUCAAUCUACUACUUACAGCUUUAAUCCAAAGCCAGCGAGUCCCAGUGUGCAUAGUCAUUCUUUGGUGGAGCUCCUCAGUCAGAUCAGUUCAACUUUUAAGAAAAACUUUAGUGCUUUACUCAAGAAAAGAACAUCAACACACCCUUUUGAAAGAAUAUCUACCCCGUUCCAGUUGUUCAGCUGGACUGCCCCAGCGCUUGACCAUGCAAUGGACUGUGUCCGGGCUGAAGAUGCCAGCUCCUCCCGUCUGGGCUAUGAAGAACAUGUGCCUGGACAGAUUCGUGACUGGAAUGAGGAGCUUCAGAGCACAAGAGAACUUCCAAGAAAGACUCUGACUGACCGUCUGCUAAGAGAUAGAGCCAUCUUUAAAGCUAACAGUGACUUUGUGACCACUGCAACACGAGGCGCAAUGGCAGUGGUUGAUGGUAAUGUGAUGCCCAUCAACCCUGGUGAAGACCCACGCAAUCAGAUGUUCAUCUGGAGCAGUAUCUUCUUCAGCCUGGGCUUUGAUGUGCGAGAACACUAUCAGAAGCUGGGUGGUGAGGCUGCAGCUCAUGCUGCCUCAACCAUUGAUCUGAACGGUGUCAGCGCGUACAGUGUGGUGGAUGCAGAGGGUCUGUAUAUGCUUGGUACGGUGGUGGUGGAUUACCGAGGUUACCGCGUGACCGCCCAGUCGAUCGUUCCAGGCAUUCUAGAGCGUGGUCAGGAGCAGAGUGUAGUAUAUGGAUCUAUUGACUUUGGAAAGACUGUCGUCUCUAAUGAAAAGUUCCUGAAGCUGAUGGACAAACCCAGCAAGCAGCUGAGAAUGCAGCACCACACUGUGCUCAACAAAGAUGACACACCUGUAGAGUUGGCCUCUUCUGUUGAAUGUAAGGGCAUUGUGGGUAACGAUGGUCGUCACUACAUCCUGGACCUGCUCUUCACAUUUCCGCCAGACCUCAACUUCCUACCUGUGGAGGGGGAGGAGCUAAAUCCUGAGUGUCAGCAGCUGGGUUUCCCACGACAACACCCACAUCGCCUAGCCUGCCUGAGACAAGAGCUGAUUGAGGCUUUUGUAAAGCACAGGCAUCAAUUAUUUAUGGACUCAUUAUCUCAAGGCUUAAAGCAAGAAGACAACUGUAUCCAAGCUGCUGUAUCUCCUCUGGUAAACCAGAGCCCAGAUGCAGCUCAGAACAUCUGCAACCAGGCCAUUGAUGAUGUUACUCCAGACCCAGCUAGCCAGAGCAUUUCAUCCAAAGAGAUUCUACCUCAAUCCUUUGAUAUACGCUUCAACCCUGACAUUUUCUCCCCAGGUGUGCACUUCCCAAGUGAAAGUUCUAAGGAAAUUGAGGAACAGAAACAGCUUUUGAAGGAUGCUGUAGCUUUUCUUAUUUCCAAUCAAAUCCCUGCAUUUAUUGGGAGCUGUCUUGAUCACACCACAAUGCCCAUGGAUGGUUUCACAUUAACCGAGGCUCUACACCAACAUGGCAUCAACAUCCGGUAUCUGGGCACUGUACUGGAGUGUAUUGAGAAGUCCUCCCGUAUGUUGGCUCUGGAUCACGUUUAUAGAAUUGCACUGUCUGAACUGAUCACCAGAUGCACAAAGCACUUGUUCAAGACUUACCUGCUAGCUGUUGAGCCAUCUGCCCUGUCUGCCUCCGUCAGCCAUUUUCUCAACUGCCUCCUCAGCUCCUCACCUGAUGCACCAGGGACACAGCAGAUGGACAGACUGGCAUCCAGGCGCAGCCUGACCUCCUGUGAGCUCUGGAGAAUGAUUCAGGCUGAGGCUCUGGAGUACUACCAUUACAGUAUGCCAUGUUGGAGUGUGGAUCAGGCGGUGGAUAAAUGUGGCCUACAAAGAAUUAAUUUGCUCAGAGAGAUUUCCAUCAAAACUGGCAUCCAGAUUCUUAUUAAAGAGUAUCAUUUUGAUGCUAAACACAGGCCGGUGUUCACCGAGGAGGAUAUCCUCAACAUGUUUCCAGUAGUAAAGCACAUCAACCCUCGGGCCACUGAUGGCCUCCAUCUGCUACACUGUGGUCAGAUCAAGGUCCAGCAAGGUUCACUGAAAGAGGGCUGUGAGCUGAUUAGCCAGGCGUUGGGACUGUUUACGAACGUGUACGGGGCUCUGCACCGGGACGUCUGCACCUGCCUCCGUCUCCUGGGCCGCAUUUACUACAUCCUUGGAGACUACUCUGAGGCACUGAGUCACCAGCAGAGGGCUGUACUAAUCAGUGAGAGAGUGCUGGGAAUAGAUCAUCCAAACACCAUACAGGAAUAUAAACACCUUGGUCUGUACUGUUUUGCGAGUGGGCAGGCAGCCACUGCACUGCGGCUGCUUUACCGAGCCCGCUAUCUCAUGCUGCUUGUGUGUGGAGAAGACCACCCAGAGAUGGCCUCGUUGGAUAGUAAGAUUGGUCUGGUGCUACAUGGUGUACUCGAGUGUGACCUCGCUCUAAAGUUUCUAGAGAGUGCCUUGGCCUUGACCUCCAAAUAUCAGGGGCCCAAUUCCCUUAAAGUGGCACAAAGUCAUCACUUGUUGGCGAAGGUGUAUGAGAGCAAAGGGGAGUUUCGCUCAGCGUUGAAGCAUGAGAAAGAACGUUAUAUGAUUUACAGAAGUCAGGUUGGUGAUGCACAUGAGAAAACCUGUGAAAGCUCAGAGUACCUGAAACACCUCACAAAUCAAGCUGUGAUUCUGCAAAGGACCAUGAACAUCAUCUACAAAAACAGUGCUGGGGGCAAUAUUGCUCCUCUUAAACUUACUGCACCAAGCCGAUCUUGGAUUGUGGAGCAGCUAAAUCUUGUAACUGGCAUUGUGCUGAUCCCACUCAGCAACAAGGAUUUGGAGUCCCUCAGAGCAAACUCUCAGAAAACAGCUGCUUAAAGCAACUCUAUGUAGGAUUUUUAUCUUAAAACAAUGCUUUCAGGAUCAUGUGGAUGGUCCACUGACUUGUUGCUACUCUGUGGCUUGGCACGCUGCUGACUGCACUAUGGAACUUUGAUGAAGUGGGGAAAACAACGUUUGCGAAAAAUUACUUAACAUAGCAUAACAAAGCAUAUUCAUGCAAAAUACUGUAAUGUUACUCUUUCAGAAAUGUUCACAUGUUUUUGUUAAUUUGAGUGAUGGUUCAGUAUAUGUCAGCUUGUCCAGAGAUGCAUGUAAAUGUAUCCUUCUGUAAAGGUGCUCAAAUCCUGACUGUAGGGGGAACCCAAGAGCAAGAAAUGCCCAUUCUUGCAUUAUGCUGCUUUAAAUGCAAACAGAAUAUGCAAUGAUUAUUAUCUCCACAUGGAGGAGCACUACCCACUAAUGGAGAGUGUCAAGAAAACAUUAACACAAUGUCAAGAAAAUAAAUGUCCAUUUUUCCAUUUUGGUUUUUAAGAAAAAAUAUUGAAGGAAUAGAUAGGAAUCAUAUGAUUUACUGGCAACAACAUGCUUAUCUGGAAUAAAAUGUGUUGUAAAUGUACUGCAUUUUUUAUUUUGUUUUGCAUGUGUGAAAAGAUCUAAAAUGCAGUCCUGAGUAGUUUGUCAAAGAUUGUUAAAAUUAAAUAAUGUUUAAAAUGUUUGAAAUUUUGGAGAUAAAAAAUGAUA